GCCUGUGCCAGUAGCGUAUAAAAGCUGUAGGUAAAGUCGAUACCAGGUAUCAGUUUUCAAAAUGAAAUUACUAGUUGCCCUGGUUAUCUUGAUGGUGGUUAGUCCGCUAAGAUGUGACCAUCCUAUAUUCGAUCACCUAUCAACUGAGUGCGCUAAGAAGGGUGGGAUUACUCCUUACCUGAUUGAAAAUCAUCCCGCCAAUAUUCGAGUCAAGUGCUAUUACGCCUGUCAAUUGGAAAAACUUGAAAUAAUUGCCAAUGGUGUGGUCAAUCCCUUUGAUUUGUCUGUACUUAACGUAACAGAGGCAAACUAUGACAAAUUUGGAAUUUUGAUUAAGCCGUGCCUGACCAUAACUAAUCCCAACCGGUGCGAACUCGGAUAUUUGGUAUUCGAUUGCCUAAAAGUGCACUUCAAGAAUGUAGAAGUUUCAAAAUAAUAUGUAUUCCAAACUGAUUAAAUUGUUCUGACUAUUAACUAAAUGCCAUUUUCUAUUGCUUCUAAGGAAAGAAAAUAUUUAUCACAAAGUAUAAGAAAUUUUGCUUUAUGUAGGUGCUACGGUAACUAGUUUCUUAACUUGAAAAUGAAUAUAUUUUAAUGCCUAAUUCAUUAUUUUAAAUUCUAUUUAUUAUCCGAGAUGUCUGAGUAUAGCGUACAAGUAGCGUAUAAAAGCUGUAGGUAAAGUCGAUACCAGUUAUCAGUUCUCAAAAUGAAAUUAGUAGCUGCCUUGGCUAUUUUGAUGGUUGUUGGUCCGCUGAAAGCUCUUGACCAUCCCAUAUUCAAUCACCUAUCAAAUGAGUGCGCUAAGAAAGGUGGGAUUACUCCUAACCUGAUUGAAAAUCAUCCUGGCAACAUUCGAGUCAAGUGCUAUUACGCCUGUCAAAUGGAAAAACUUGAAAUAAUUGCCAAUGGAGUGGUCAAUCCCUUUGACUUCUCUGUACUUAACAUAACACAGGAAAACUAUGACAAAUUUGGUAUUUUGAUUAAGCCUUGCCUGACCCUAAUUCAUCCCAACCGGUGCGAACUCGGACACUUGGUAUUCGAUUGCUUAAGAUACCACUUAAAGAAUGUGGAAAUUUAGAUAAUAUAUAUUCUAUGCUGGUUAACAAGUUCUGGAUGUUUACUAAAUAGAAUCUUUAAUUGCUUAAGAAAAUAAAAUGUUCGUUAUAAAAACAAUCUAAUAUAAAUAUUUCUAUAUAUGCCUA